GUGAUUCAUCAGUCACGAGCGAGUUCGUAAUUCCCCGACGCUGGCGCUGUGCACACACGCACAUCAUCAUCACACCGCGCUUCAUAUUUGCAUUCAUACUCGAGCGCUCUUCGCAGACGCACUGUCCCGACCCAUCACCUGCCACUCGCUCAUCGCGGUCGCUAUCUGGACAGGUCAGCCUUGCCUCCUUUGUCCUAGGACCGCGCGACUCCUCUCUCCAUCUCAUCAUCAUCGCCGAGGGACGAGCAGUUGAUAGCUUGCGUUGCGCUUAGCCUGGCAGCACGCGGUCGCAAGUCCCGGGUCAAGAUUCCUACUAGGAUCGAGAUAAAAGGGGUCUGCUGAACCUUGCAGCAUCGCCUCAAUCUCUCCACCACGCCUCGGCUCGAGCAGCCCCUCAUUUUUAAGUGCACGUAAAUCUUGACACGCGCAGCUUCGCUGCCACGAUGCUCUUCGUCGGCGCGCGUCUGCUACCGCGAGCAGUGGCUCGUUCAAGUGCGACCCCGCUGGCAUCGCAAGUGCGCAAUUUGAGCUUGUCAGCGGCUCGACGCACCGUCGCCACGCCCGUCUUAUCUCAGGCCGCUGCCAAGUCUUCCAGCACUGCGACCAAGUCUCGGAAGUCUACCACCGCCACUACGAAGGAGAAGAAGGCUGCGAAGAAGGAUAACAGUACCAAAGCUAGUGGAACAAAGAAGAACAAGGAGAAGACGGCAUCGGCAUCGGCAGAUAAGAAGAAGAAGAAGAAGGAUAAACGUUGGAUCAAGCUGGAUGCGAACGGCAACAAGGUGCCUCUGCCUUCUGAGCUUGAACCCAAAAGACCUGGCGGCGCCUAUCUUAUGUACUUGACUGCUCGUUUCCCCAGCCUCCAGGACAAGCCCGAAUUUUCCUUGACGAAAACCGAUGGUACGCGCGGUGUUGAUACAGUAAAGAUUACCAGAGCCGUGAGUGAAGAGUGGAAGGCCAUGUCAGAGGCGGACAAGCAGCAACACAACGACAAGUUCGAGUCCGCCACGGCUCAGUAUCUAGCUGAUCACGAGAAGUGGAAGAGCAGCUUGACGAGAGAAGACAUUGAGCGUCAAAACGCUUUCAACAGACAUCUGCGCACUUUGAAAAACAGACCCAAGCGCAUCGUCAACCUUGCAGACCCACACAAACCCACAAGGCCACCCAUACCCUUUUGGCUCUGGCUCUACAGCGGGGAGGCAGAGCAGAGGCCAGCUGGGAUGACACAGAGCCAGUAUGUUUCGGAGCAGAGCCGCAAAUAUAAAGCUCUGAGCGAGGCCGAACAGGGGCCUUAUAAGGAGCAGUAUGCCAAGAUGAGGGAGCAGUACGAGCGCGCCCUGAAAAAGUACCAGGAGGGCACCAGCGCUUGAUUGUGUUUCUUGAGCGAGAGACCGCAAGCGCAGGGCGCAAUAGCGGCUCUUGUGCUUGCAAUUUGCUCCUUUCGGAGUCACUUGCUGCUCUACCUCGGACAAGCCUAUGCUAGCGGCCCCCCACUUCAUGAUUGGAACCUUUCUUUCACCUUUUGCUUCAAACAACUUUCUGCGCUUCACACCUCGAGCCGUCUAGCCGACGCAAGUCGGCCCGCGCGUUCAUCCCCUCGACGCCCCCCCCCCCCC